AGUUUCGUAGUUUAGAUAUCCGAUUCAAAAAGCCAAAAAACAAAAAACAAAAGCAAAACACUUAAACACUUAAAAAAGCAAUGGCAUUGGUAGGGAUCUUUGGAAUCAUCUUAGCAACUCUUUGCUUAGUAGUAGCCCGUCGCCGCCUGUCACGCAACCGCAGAAAAGUUAUAAGAAGCUGGCCACUAAUUGGAAUGCUACCAUCCCUUUUAAGCAACAUGAACCGGUUAGCGGACUGGAUGAUCGAGGUUGCUGGUCGAAGAGGCGGCACUUUAGUCUUUAAAGGCCCUUGGUUUACCGGCUUGUACGCAAUAUGCACUACUGAUCCAGAAAAUAUAAAGCACAUUAUGAGUACAAACUUCUGCAACUAUCCAAAAGGUUCGGAAUUCAAAGAAAUGUACUCCGAUAUUCUUGGAGAUGGGAUUUUUAACUCUGAUUCUGAUUUAUGGAAGAAUCAAAGAAAGAGUGCUGUUUCUUUAAUCAACCAUGAAAGGUUUCAGAGGUUCUUAUUCCACACAGCUCAUGUUAAAGUCGAAAAAGGACUUUUUCCUGUUCUUGAACAUAUUUGUACAGAAAACAAGGAAAUAGACUUACAAGAUCUGGUUCAUAGAUUUACUGCUGAUGUUACUUUCAUUUUAGUUACAGGUCUUGAUCGAGAGACUCUGUCUAUUGGUUCACUAGAUGAUAAACUUGGUUUUGCGCUGGACUGUAUGGAGGAAGCUUUAUUUUAUCGCCAUUUCCAGUCCAAAAUGCUUUGGAAGUUCCAAAAUUGGUUAGGGAUUGGCACAGAAAGAAAAGUGAAAGCUGCUUUAAAAACAGUUGAUGAAAUAACCACCAAAUAUAUAUCAAUGAGACGACAAGGAAGAGUAGGAGAAGGAGUCGGAGUCGAUUUGUUAUCAUGGUAUAUUGAUAGAUCAGAUAAAUUUUUAAGAGAUACUAUUCUAAAUUUCAUGCUUGCAGGCAGAGAAAAUUCCUUAACUUGGUUGUUUUGGCUUGUGUCAAAAACGCCAGGCGUGGAAGCGAAGAUAAGAGAAGAGUUGAGAUCUAUAGUCCCGGAAAACAAAAGAGAAGAGAAAAAGGUUCAGCUUCUUGAUAUAGAAAAGGUAAAUAAAUUAGUGUAUUUGCAUGCAGCUAUAUGUGAAACAUUAAGGUUUUAUCCUCCAGUUACGUAUGAGUAUAAGGUACCCUUGCAAAAUGAUAUUUUACCAAGUGGGCAUCAUGUAGAUCCAAGAAUGAAAAUUAUUUUAUCUUCUUAUUUGAUGGGGAGAUUGAAAUGUAUAUGGGGAGAAGACUGUUUUGAAUUCAAGCCAGAAAGAUGGAUAUCAGAGGAAGGGAGGUUUAUACAGAGAUCACCAUACCAGUUUCUUGCAUUUAAUGCAGGCCCAAGAAUUUGUCUGGGAAAAGAAAUUGCGUUCGUUGAAAUGAAAGCAAUGGCUGCUUUUCUUAUUCAUAACUAUAAUAUUGAGGUAGUUGAAAAACACCCUGUGCUUCCUAAAUAUGCUUCUAUUAUGCUUCAUAUGAAGUAUGGUUUGAAGGUUAGGAUUAGUAGGAGAUGGGCUUGAAAUUGAUACAAAAGUAAUAAUGAGAGUUUGUUGUUUUCUGCAUUAAUUAAUAUAUGUUUUCUUUUGUUAUUCUCUAUCAAAAUGAUAUAUAAUAUAUGUCUCUUUUCCUAGACA